AUGUCGAGAAGGCUUAAAAAGACCCAUCUUUUCAGCAAGGAUGUUUCUGCUUUGAUGUAUGCUUAUGGAGACGUGCCUCAGCCGCUUCCGGAGUCUGUUCAUUGUUUGGACGAGUUAGUAUCAAGUUAUCUAGUAGAUAUAUGUAUGUCUGCCUAUAGAACGGCUCAAACGGUACAUAGAAACAAGAUCAAGGUAGAGGACUUCAAGUUUGUUUUGCGGAAUGACGAAGUGAAACUUGGAAGAGCGGAGGAACUGAUCAAGUUAAGCAAGAUUAUCACUGACGCUAACAAGCUGUUCAAGUCGUCGGAGGGCAAAAUGGCAAAAAGAGCAAAAGGUAUGGGCGAAUUCAACGACGAUGAUGGCGAGGACGAUGGAGAUGACGAUCAAGACGGCGAAAGAGGAGACCUAAAGAAUGAGAAGAAGGAGCCCGCCAAGAAAAGAAGAAAAACAAAGAAAAAGGGCCAGGACGAGAAACUUUGA